CCCUUCAGCUCUACAGGGUACAGCUCCAGUCCAAUUCCCCAAAUUACAGAUGAUGCUCAAGGGACAAGCGAGAGAGUACUGGAGAAAGCCCACUCAUCUCACUUACCGACUUAGACAAGAUCUCAGAGGCAGAUACGCCGCCGUAGCCCUGAAAAAUGCAAUACCACUAUGUGGGAAAUCUCAUGGGAUUAACGUCUAUAACCUGUUUAUCAUAAACUUUGUCCCAUAGGUAUGAAUAAUGAAUCUCUUUGCUUUCUCUCCUUCUUUUUGUGUUUUCAUCAAGAAGGCGAGAGCAGAAAUGUAAUGUUUCUCACACCGCUCUGCCCCUCCACGCGCCACAGUCUGCCUGCCUCUUAACAUGUGGCUGGUGCUCUCACCGCCUCCUCCAGUCACUUCAGCAGCGACGUGCGGCGCUGUGAUACACGCAUCGCAUGCCUCCCUCUCCCCCCUCAGCCCAGGCUCUGCUCUUCAGGCUGCAAUUAGGAGAGGAGAGGGACUAUAACAGGAAACGUGACCAGGGGAACUGGGCUGAUCUCUGUGGCCACUGGGCUGGCCUGGAAGUUCUUAGUCCUCUGAGAAGAGAAUCUGACAGGUCCACAGCCAACAGCUAACAUUACUAAUGCUCUUUCACCCAGGAUCUACCUGUGACUUAUACCUGCCUUAUACGAAUUGGACGAGCUAAAAAGCAGGAGUUCAGAAAAUAAUUAAUCUCUGAUGAUGAGACAGUCUGCAUGGAGGCAGAUGACAGCACCAGAGCUGUGGAUGGGUCUCUUUGCCUUGGCUCUGACCCUCAGUCUAACCAUGGCUGAACAUAUGGAUCAGAGGCCAGCACUCCAAACCAGCCCAGUUCUCCACAGGCACAAGAGAGAGUGGUUGUGGAACAACCUUUAUGUGGAGGAGGAAAGGCCAACCUACAUCCAAUACUAUCUUGGAAAGUUAAAGUCAACUAAGUCUGGUGACAGGACACACUAUGUCAUUGAAGGAGAAGGUGCCAACACAAUCUUCAAAGUGGAUGAAAAAGGAGACAUCUUUGUCACUGAACGAUUGGAUCGAGAGGUGAAAAGCAAAUACAAUCUAACGGCAAAGCUGCUUGAUGCCAGCAACAAGUUGCUGGAGAAAGAGGAAAAGUUUGUGAUCCUGGUUACUGACAUCAAUGACAACGAUCCAGUGUUUACUAAAUCGUUCAAUGCUUCUAUCAAAGAGAGAUCCAAAAGAGGAACUAAAGUGAUAGAAGUCACUGCCACUGAUGCAGAUGAUCCAACGACUGCAAAUGGAGAACUUGUUUACAAAUUAUUAGAGGGGGGAGAUUUCUUCAAUAUAGAAAGCACAACAGGGAUUAUCACUACCAAGUAUGAGAACCUGGACCGUGAGACCCAGAGUAGCUAUGUGGUUGUGGUUCAAGCCCAGGAUCUGAGAGGAAUUAAACAAGGGGGCACCGCCACCACCUCUGUCAGCAUCGCAGUCAGCGACAUCAAUGAUAACAUAGCCACAUUUACCAAAAGUUCCUAUGUAUUUAGUGUGAAAGAGGACAUGAAGCGGGGACAGAGAAUAGACACCAUGGUCCUGGAAGACAGAGAUGAGAUCCAGAAUAAAGACCCCAUCUUCACCAUAGCACCUUCAUCUGACAUUUUUGAAAUGGAGCGCAGUCAGAUCAAAGACGGCAACCUCAUGCUGAAACAGGGACUGGAUUAUGAAACCAAGAGCAGCUACACGUUCUUUGUGCAUGUGAGGGAGAACCACUUGCAGUCCCCUGCGGAUAAUAAGGACAAUCCAUUGAUCAAGGCCCAGGUGACCAUCCAGGUGCUAGAUGUUGAUGAGCAGCCAGAAUUCAGCAAGAGCAUCUACAACUUUAAUGUCAUAGAGGAAAUGAUGGUCAAUAAUAUUGGAGUCGUUUCAGCCAGAGAUCCUGAUCAAGCCAACAAGGCCAUACGGUAUUCCAUUGAGGACAAGGACAGUCCCAUUGGUAUCAACCCCAUAACUGGACAACUUUUCACAGUGAGGAAGCUGGAUCGGGAGCUUGUAGCCAAUCACAUGUUCCAGGUUAAAGCUAAGGAGGAACCAAAUGGACUGGAAUCUUUUGUGAACGUCAACAUACUGGUCAUUGAUAUCAAUGACAACAAACCAGAGCUGUCCAUUGAAGAGAUAUUCGUUUGUGAAAAUGAUAUGGCUGGCACGGUGAUUGGGACCCUAAGUGCCACAGACAAAGAUGAUAAUUUGCCCGCAUUCAGCUUCACGUUGGGGAAGCCGAACGCCAACUUUUCAGUCAUCAAUAACAACGACAACACGUCUAACAUAGUGCUGAAACAUGGAGGCUUCAGCAUGGAGGACUCCGGGGAUUAUGUAAUAGAAAUUGGGAUCAGCGAUGGAGGCAGGCCUCCCAUGAGCAGCAUCACCUCUCUGCCUAUCAAAGUGUGCAGGUGUGACAACAAGAGGAUCCACACCCAGUGCAAAGCAGCCCAACUCAAAAUGGGUGUCAGUGUCCACGCCCUUAUUGUUAUACUGGUGUGCAUCCUGACUAUUCUGGUCAUAGUGAUCCUGAUCGCUAUGAGAAAACGUCACCAGAAGGAUGCCCUGGUCACUCUGGGUAAGAGUGAGAUCCACGAGCAGCUAGUGACGUACGACGAGGAGGGCGGUGGGGAGAUGGACACCAACGGCUACGACGUGUCCAUCCUGAUCUCAGCUCAGAAUGACGGCAGCAUGAGGCAGGGCCCCAGCCUUUACGCCAUGGUGAAGAAACCACCAACCGCGUGCAAGGGAGACAUGGCCGUGAUGAUCGAGGUGAAGAAAGACGAGGCUGACCAUGACAGGGAUGAGAUCCCCUACGAUACCCUGCACAUCUAUGGCUACGAGGGGCCAGAGUCCCUGGCUGGUAGCCUCAGUUCCCUGGAUAGUUCCUCCACGGGCUCUAACCUUGACUAUGACUUCUUAAACGACUGGGGCCCUCGCUUCAGAACCCUGGCUGAGCUCUACGGGGUGGAUGGGUCUGAGGGAAGUGACUCCCCGUAUUGAGCACACUGAGCCUAAAGACCAGCAGGCAGGACGUCUCUCAGCUCUCUCAGCUCUUCCUUUGACUAAAAGCACAUCGGGAUUAACUUCUUCCACUAAUCCGUCCAAUCAUAGCACACUAUGAUAGGGUUCACUCAAGCGUGUGCCAAUUUUAAGUAAUUCUCUCUUCUUCUCGUUCUUUUUCCUCUUCUUCUACCUCCUGUUCCUCCUACUCUUACUUCUCCUUUCCCACUCUUUUCCCUUGUUAUUAUUAUUAUUAUAUUAUUAUUUUAAAGAAAUAGUGCUUUUAUUUCCUUUUCUUUAAUUUAUUUGUUUCUGUCACGUGAAUUUGACAACAAAGGGAAAUAGAUUUGGUGUAAAGAAAACCGUUAACAUUCCACAACUGUGCUUCAUUUAUUUGUUUUACAUUUAUUUGAGGUUUCAGAGGAGAUUAAGAAAUGUGUUCGAUUUUUUGUUCGAUUUCUUGUCCGAUUACUCACACAGAAAUCUGUAUACCUUAAUUUUGAUUGAUUGUGUUUUUUUAUGGUUGACUAAACCAACUGUAGCUAUGUAGAGAGGGUGGGUCAUUCAGUGAGUCACAGUGGCAGUUGUCUUUCAGACAGAAUUACCCUUCUCACCAAGAGCUACUAUUGUCCAGGGAGCCCGGCAGGAAACAAUGAUAACAGAAGCUCUGAAAUAAUUAAAGUCUAUUCCCAGUUUAUUUGACAGGACUCAUCAACACAUCAAUUGUUGUGGAUAAAGCCCAAGUCUCUGAGGUCCACUGUAACAAAAGUAUUACAACCAACUCAGGAAAUGUGAAGUAGCUCAAUAGUCCUUUGGAUGACCACAAAGUUAUCUGAAUAACUUUAACCUUUCAUCCUAGAGCUACUGCUUCAACAUCCCACUUCAAUAUUCUUCUUCAACAUACUGCUUCAACAUAUUGCUUCAACAUACUGCUUCAACAUACUGAUUCAAUAUUAUUCUUCAACAUACUGCUUCAACAUACUGCUUCAACAUACUGCUUCAAUAUUCUUCUUCAACAUAUUGCUUCAACAUACUGCUUCAACAUACUGCUUCAACAUAUUGCUUCAACAUACUGCUUCAACAUACUGCUUCAAUAUUCUACUUCAUCAUACAGCAUGUGCUUCUGCUCCAUUUGCUGAAACAGCUUAAAAUAAUGAGGGCAAUCUACACAAGAUCAAGUUUAUCAUUAUCGCUAUUGUCCUUCUUGACUGAAGACAUUGCAAAAAGAGAGCAAAGGUUUACCCCUGUUUUCAUUAUAUUCCAUUUGCUUUCGAAUGUGGACUGUUUGUUGUAUACUGAAGAUUUUCCUGCAUGGCACCACUUCUCAUAAACCAUGGAUACAAUAUGUGGAAGCCAUCUUACCACUUCCCUGUCUGGAUCAUAUACACGGAGAGCUGGACCCCCAUCCUUUUUCAAACACCAGAGUCCGCCCCUACACAUUACCCAAACAAAACACUGGAAUCAGCUUCCUGCACAUAUGUAUGUGAGGAAGCAAUUUUCCUGUCCUGUUAUCUUUUAAAGUAAACCAACACAUUGCAGCCCGUUUUCCUGUUUUCCUGCCUGGGAAAAACCUUUGGAUAGGGCAAAAUAGAUAGAGAACAAUGUAAGAGCCAUGAUGGCUUUAACAACAAUCAACAUUUAAUUUCUGUGUUGACCAUCUACCAAAGAUCAGUAUGGUGAAACCUCGGCAUACAAUAGAUGCCACUGGUAAACUGUGCUGUAAUGUUAUGUCUCUAGUACUCCAUUUCUAUAUAACAUACCUGAUCUACUUCGUUCCAUGCUAUUAAUGAUCAUUGUCUGCGCACAACUCUAUUCUAUUUCACAAGCUCUUACUGUUAGUGGUGCUUUUCUGUAAACCUUACGGCAAUAAGUAACUUGGCAAUACGGGAUCCAUGUUAUCGAGAUUGUGAGUACUGGAAAUAUAGUUGUCUACACUGUAUAUAGAAAUGUGCCUGAAUAUUGAUAUUGGUCUCACUUCCUUUUGCGUUUUUUCAAAAUUAUUUUACUUGACACUGGUCUUUGUCUGCUGAGUGUAAGCGUAAAAUAUGUUGUUAUUUUUUUUACACUUGUAGUGUAAUUGAUAUGUAAUUGUGCAUUGAUUGAUGCUAUAUGUAUGUGUGAGUCUACCUGUGUAAAUACACUUCAGUGGGUGUCAUUCAAAUGCAUUCCUUUUGUAUGCAGCUAGGUCAUUCUGUAGGAGAGCAAUAUGUGCCUUGGUUUAUGAUCAUUCUCUCGAUGGUGAACACAAUCUUUUCUAUGGUUUGUAUCGUGUAAAACAACAACUUUUUAUUUAGUACCAAUUUUGUAUGUGUAAAAUAAACGUAGCACUCAAAAGUCCAAAAAGUGAGCUUUAUUGUUUCAAAAAAAUGCAAGAAGGAAUAGAAUAAUAU